UCCGUCCUGGCAGUUCGCAUCUGCUCCCGUCUACUCUGACCAGCUUCUUGUUUUUGGCCUCAUUUUCUUUUUUUCCUUUUUUUUUUUUUUCACGUUCCCAAACGACCGGCUCAUUUGGAUGAACAAACAAAAAAAAAACAGGAAAGCUCGCGAGGAAAAAAGCUCGCUCGCCGGUGGUGGUGAAAGUAUACUCCUGGGACGGGGGAAAAAAAAGUAUCGUUGCCGAAGCGAAAGAAGAAUCGGUGGCACGUACACGCGCAGCAUGAGGACGAGGAGGCAGUGAGCCGAGGAGAUUACCUCGGCACAGCAACAAGAACGGGAGCAGAAAAGAUUGAAAAAACAGACUAAAAACCAUCCGAGCAGGGUCCACCAGAGAAAUCCAUACAAAACGGAUCAGCCGUCAAUCAGAUAUUCACAAGCGGCAAUCGCUGCGUCGGCGGCAAAACUGGCGACGUCGAGGACGACGAGUGCAAGGGGCCUAUCGCGGUGAUCCCGCUAGGGGGCGCGGUCAGGCGUCCAUAAACGCAAUACGCGAGUGGCGCAGCUCUUGGAACGUACAAACAAGCCAAGAGCUCAGCCAGCCCAAAAUCCUUUGGGAGGCGCAUCAAAUAAGCCGGCUUCGGCGUCUGCGCGGCUCCACGCUCAACGAACGUUGGGGGUGGGGGGGGGAGAGGUCGAGGGCCUGCUUGUGGCAUAUAACUGCAAACACAGAUAUAUAUACACAGAUAAGGCUCGCCUGAGACCAUGAUCGAUCCAAGCUCCUCUGAGGAGGACAGUGAGGAGGACCAACACGUCCACCAGGCCGUUGGUGGUAGGGGCCGUGGCGGGUCGUCCCAUCAUCAUGGGGCGGCGACUGGAGGCCCCGGGGCUGGUCACGGUGCCCGCUACCACGCUGUCGGUGGGGUGACGGGUCCCGCUGGUGGUUCGAUCGGAGGUGGCCAUGCGGGUGCCGGCGGCAUGGGCAGUCCUGGGGGCCCGGGUUCGAUGGGACAGGGUUCACCGGGCCCGGCAGGUCUUGCCGCCGGCGUCGUUGGGUCGCAUCAUCAUGGCCGUGGAGGCGCCAAGGCUGGCCUAAUGAUAGCGGCAGAGCAGGACGCGGCUCUGUCUGGUCAGUCGGGCCUCGAUGUGCCCGGCGGCCACAGUGCCAGGAAUUCUCUGUCGCCAUCGAUGAGCGCGCACCAGGAUGCGGCCAACUACGCGGGCAAAGCUGGUCAGAGGCCCAUCAGUCCGUCGCCUUCCGUCGCCAGCGAGAAGACUGAGCAGGAACUGCAGGAUAAACAAGAGCGUGAGGAGGAAGAGAGAAAAACGAGGCUUCAGUUAUACGUGUUUAUUUCGAGGUGCAUCGCAUACCCGUUCAAUGCAAAACAACCAACGGAUUUGACAAAGAGGCACAUGAAAAUCACGAAACAGCAACUGGAAACGCUGUGUUCCCGCUUUCAGAGCUUUUUGAAAGGCGAGACAAACAUAAUGGCCGACGAGGCUUUCCACAACGCGAUUCAGAAUUACUUUGACGUAUUUCUGAAGUCAGAGCGGGUGGUGCGCAUGGUGCAGAGCGGCGGUUGCUCACAGCACGAUUUCCGCGAGGUAUUCAGGAUCAACAUCGAGAAGCGUGUCCGGAGCCUCCCGGAAAUCGACGGUCUGAGCAAAGAGACUGUGCUUACGUCCUGGCUGGCCAAGUUUGAUUGUAUCUUCAAGGGUACCGGUGACGAUGACACCAAGAGGCCAUCUAGGAUGCAACAGCAGUCGCUGAAUUCCGAGCUGAUACUGUCGAAAGAACAGCUCUAUGAUAUGUUCCAACAAAUACUUGGCGUUAAGAAAUUUGAGCAUCAAAUAUUGUUCAACGCCCUCCUGUUGGAUUCAGCCGAUGAACAGGCUGCCGCCAUCAGGAGGGAGUUGGACGGCCGCGUGUCGAUUGUAAACGAAAUGGCAGCGGGUCCACCAGAGAAAUCCAUACAAAACGGAUCAGCCGUCAAUCAGAUAUUCACAAGCGGCAAUCGCUGCGUCGGCGGCAAAACUGGCGACGUCGAGGACGACGAGUGCAAGGGGCCUAUCGCGGUGAUCCCGCUAGGGGGCGCGGUCAGGCGUCCAUAA